UGGAGGCGGAGGCUGCAGCGGCGGCAGAGCGCGGGCUGGCCCGGCCCACUCCCUCCCCACUGGCACUGCCGCGCCCCGUCCGUCGCGCCCGGCUCCCCCAUGGCUGCGGCUCCCUGGGAAGCACCUCGCGCCGCCGCCCUGCCGGUGCCGGAGCCGCGUUGCCGGGCGGCGGCCGCCUCCCCGCGGCGCCGCUAGCGCUCCGCGUCCCGCUCACCUUCGUCUCCCGUACAGCGCCGAGGAAGAGCGCUCCCCCAGCACCACUCCGGCGCUCGGCCGGCUCUCCGCGGCUGGACUGCGCGUCCGUGCCACCCCUCCUCUCUCUCCUCUUCGGCGGCGCUCGAGACGACGGCGGCGGCAGCGGCUCGGCGUGACGCCCCGGCGCCGAUGCGGCAGCCCCCCGGCGAGUGCGAGAUGGCGCUCAGUGGCACGCUCCUCCCUUCCAUCGCCACCUUCGCGGCGGGCGCCGCGGGUCGCGAGAAGGCGGCGCGGCCCGCGGGCCCCGGCAACCGGUGGCGGGAGGAGCUGUCGCAGCUGAAGCGGCCGCCGCCGGCGCUGUCGGCGCGGCCCGUGGAAGCGCCGCCGUCGGAGCUGGAGGCCGCCGCCGCCCUGGGGCCCCGCCGCGACGCUGAGGAGUUCAACGAGCUGCUGGACUUCGACUUCAUUCUCUCCAACUCCCUCAUGCACCAGGAGCCCGCCGCCGCCGCCGCCGUGGUGGUGGCCCCCGCCGCCGCCACGGCCCCCACCGCCGGCUCCUGCCCCGCCGGGCCCUUCGCCUACCCACUGCCCCGGCCCGAGCCUGCCGGCCUCCUCUACUGCGGCGGCGGCAGCACCCGCGACGGGGCCCCCGCUGCCGGCCCCGCCGCCCCCUUCAACCUGGCUGACAUCACCGACGUGUCCCCUUCGGGAGGCUUCGUGGCUGAGCUCAUGCGGCCUGACCUGGACCCGGUGUACCUGCCGGCGCCGGCGGUGUUGCCGUCUCUGGGCAGUCUGCAGGGCAAGUUUCUGGUGAAGGCCGUGGGCGAGUACACCCACCCGGGGCUCAGCCCCAAGGGUGGGCCCCAGGCUGCUGCCCCACAACCCAGCAGUGAAGGCCCCGGGGCACCCUACAACCCCCUGCCACGGAUGUGCCCCAAAAUCAAGCAGGAGGCUGCCCCGCCGUGCACCCUGGCCCCACCGCCGCCACCACCACAUGGGAGUGGCCCCCGAGGAGCCCCUCAGCACGACUUCUCCCUGGGCCGCCCGCUGUCUGCCCGGACUACACCUUCACUGGGGCCUGAGGAGAUGCUGAGCAGCAGAGACUCUCUCCCCACCACCCCAGGGCUGAGCCACCCACCACUGCCACUGCCCCCGGCAUACCCCUCUGCCCCUGGUUAUCCCACCUUUCUGCCUGAGCAGCUACCGCCUGGCACGCUCCAGUACCAAGAGCUGAUGCCGCCGGGGAGCUGCCUGCCUGAGGAGGCCAAGCCCAAGAGGGGACGCCGGUCAUGGCCUAGGAAAAGAACAGCCACACACACCUGCGACUAUGCAGGCUGCGGAAAAACCUACACCAAGAGCUCUCAUCUCAAGGCGCAUCUGAGAACCCACACAGGUGAGAAACCUUAUCACUGUGACUGGGAAGGCUGCGGAUGGAAGUUUGCCCGAUCCGAUGAACUUACUCGUCACUACAGAAAACACACAGGCCACCGCCCUUUCCAGUGUCAGCGGUGUGACAGAGCAUUUUCCAGGUCGGACCACCUCGCCUUACACAUGAAGAGGCACUUUUAAUUGGAAGCAGUGGAUCUUUCCCCAACUGCCAUAGAGAUUCAGUAUUUACAGCAUGAGGACUGUCUUUCACGAGAUGGGGAGAACACAGUUUAAGCACUACAGAUAAUCAAGGUGAAGUCUUCCAAAGAGUGGAAAGAGGGAUAAUUGCAUACAGAUGUUGCAACUUCGUUUUUAUAUAUAUGCGUUUAAAAGAGAACCAGAAAUGUUGGGGUCGGUGACUGGAUCUUCUAUCAUUCCAUUUGUAAAUCCAACUUGAAUUAUUUCCGGACUACAAAAUGCCAAGGAGUGACUGGAAGUCACGGAUAUCAGGGUUAAACA